AUGGACAAUUUAAUCACAACCAGGACUGUGAACACAGAGGGGCGAUCAAGUACUUCAGGGAAAGAGACAGUAACCACAACAACUAGAUUAACGUCCCUUCCACCAAAGGGCAGCAGUAGUUCAGUGAGCACCCAGCGUGUGCUCACCUCAAAUUCAAGUUCCAGCUCUGGUUCUGGGACUGGAUCUGCUUCAGGAGGUGCAGUGCUGGUGGAGAAGAAAGUCCUUAACCAGAGCAGUACAGGAGGAAGCAUCAGCAGUAGUUAUGUCAUAUCCUCCUCUUCAGUAGGAGGCUCAACCAGUGCAGCCAGCAGCAACACACCUGUCACAUCAUCCAGUGCUUCUGGGGCAUUCUCUCGCACAGCCACCCCAGGUGGAGCUGCCAGGGGUUCGGAGCCUUCAGCCAGAGAUUCCAGCACCACCACCUCCAUCCCCGUCGUCCCGGUCAGGGGUUCGUCAGGGGCAGCGGGAGGAUCCUCACGUGCCUUUGGGUCACACUCCUCUUCCCAGUUUGCGUCCAGCUCUUCUGGCGAGUUGGUGAGCUCAUCGUCCGUUUCCACAGCAACGCCCGGGGGCGGGGCCUCAUCGCUGGCCAUGUCGGCCGGUGCGUCCAGUUCGGUCACGGUGACCAAGUACGGCGCCUCUUCCUCAGGAGGUGCGAUGAAGGGUGCCUCCUCAUCUGCUAGCUACUCUCCACGCCCCGCUGAGAGGAAGAGCAGCCUGACUCUGCGCUCUGAACGAUAUGAGGCUAGCUCCAGUGGCAAUUCCUCACCUGAAUACACCAGGAAGGAGUAUGCAGCUGCAAGUGCAGCCACCAGGGGGCGCACCCAAACAAGAGAGAGUGAGAUUAGAGCCAGACUGCAGAGUGCCUCUCCGUCCACUAGAUGGACUGAGUUAGAUGAUGUGAAGAAACUACUGAAGGGCAGUCGCUCUAGUAGCAGCAGUCCGCCCCGUUCUCCCACUAAUACUCUGCCCAUCCCUAAAAAAGCCAGCGUGGACACACACCUCGAGAGCCACUCAGGUUAUGACAGCACUAUUGUGGACUGUGCGUAUCGUGGAUAUGGCUAUUACACCAAUCCCAGCAACCUCAGCCCCACCUCUACACUACAGCACAAUGUGGGUCUUCAGAAUAACUUGAGCCUGGGCUCCUCCUCCAUGGGCAGUGGUCUUUCUGCUGGCAGUGCAGUGUAUGGCAUGCAGAAUAACCUAGCAACCAGUGGAGGUGCUGCCCUCAUUGCCCAUGGACUGAGCGCUGGUACAGUUUAUGGGGUGCAGAAGAACAUUGUGGGCCCUGGUAUAUCCACCAUAACUGCUGGCGUGCCCAGCAGCCCUGGUCCUGCUGAUGAUGUGUUCGCUAAAGACUACAAAUUCAUGCUGCUCGAGAAAGAGAACACUCCAGCGAAGAAAGAGAGCGAGAGGCUCGUCAUGUCUAAAAACUCGGGCAAACAGUUCACCUCCACCACAUCCGCGAAUGGACUGAGCUCGUUUUCUGAGGACUCACUGAAGCGAGAGAAAAAGAUGAUCUCCAGAACCAGAGAAACGACCACAGCGUCAGCUGGUGAAAAAGCUUCAACCAAAGACAAGGCCACAUAUGCAGAGAUUCGUAAAGAUGAGUCCGGGAGUGCUGGACUGGGUUUCUGCUCUUGCUGUACGUGGUGGAAGUGGCUGCUGGGAUUGCUCCUCCUGCUGCUCUCUCUUCUGGGUCUCCUCUUUGGACUCAUCACUCUGGCGGAGGAGGUGAGGAGCUUGAAGGCUCGCGUGACUAAGCUGGAAGGUGGGGCGGCCAGCUCGGCCUCUGCCCACACCAGCCGCCUGUCAUCCUCGUCAAUAAACAUAGUGGACCCUCUGGAUGUCUCAGUCACACGUACGGACAAUGCCAUAAACCUGGGCUCCGAGCCGGGCCAGCCAGACCCUGCAGCACUGCAGCGGACCAUAAAACAACUCGUACAGUCAGAACUACAGUCGGAGAGUGUCAGAGCUACAUUGGCUUCUUCAGUAAAGGGAGAAAGAGGAGAGCCUGGACCCAAGGGUGACCAGGGACUUCCUGGAGUUAAAGGUGAUGCAGGGUUUCCUGGAGUGCCUGGACCUCCUGGUCCACCUGGCCAUCCAGGACAAGAAGGCCCAAGAGGACCUAAAGGAAGUGCUGGUGAGCCAGGACAUGAUGGUCCACCUGGACAGAGGGGCCGUGAAGGGCCGACAGGCCCCCGAGGAGAACCAGGCCCUCCUGGACCCGGAGAGAAAGGAGACAAAGGGUCCACUGGAGAUCCUGGGGCACCUGGACCUGUUGGACCACCUGGCCCUGCCGGCCCCAGAGGAGAGGCUGGUGCCCCAGGGAACACAGGUCUUCCAGGAGCUCCUGGUCCUCAGGGUUUCCGUGGAGAUGGUGGUGAUCCUGGAACAAAGGGGGAGAGAGGACUGGCAGGCCCACCUGGAGCUAAAGGUGAUCAAGGCGAGAAAGGACCCCGUGGAGUGACCGGAGAACCAGGUCAGUCAGGACCUGCAGGUCCGCCAGGAGAGAAGGGAUCUAAAGGAUCGGCAGGUGCCCCUGGUCCAGAUGGUGAAAAGGGACCACGAGGUGACCAGGGAUCGGUUGGAUUACCUGGUCCACGUGGGCCAUCUGGACCUCCAGGAGAUGCUGGAGUGCCAGGAACACCUGGACUUCAAGGACCUCCAGGUUUGCCAGGAACACCGGGUCAGCCCGGAGCUAAAGGUGAGCCCGGUGAACCUGGAAGAGUUAUCAGUGCAGGCUCUGCCUCCAACACUGUAGCUAUACCUGGACCACCUGGAGCUUCUGGACCCCCUGGACCUGCUGGACCUCCUGGACUGUCAGGUCCCAUUGGCCCUGCUGGUCUUCCUGGACAACCAGGGCCAAAGGGAGAUAAGGGUGUCAAGGGUGAUGAUGGUGAGCCUGGCAUCUCUGUGAAAACUGUUGAACCAACCAAGUAUGAGAGGCAACCUGUUCCUGGUCUUCCUGGACCUCCUGGACCUCCUGGACCCCCUGGAGACCAGGGGAUUCCUGGUGAAGGCAAAAUGGGCCCACCAGGACCCCCUGGCCCACCUGGAGAGCCAGGUGUUGGUAAGCCUGGUCCACCUGGUGAGAAAGGUGAACCAGGAAGCUUUGUACCCACCUCAGAAACCUUCUUUGCUGGGCCUCCUGGACCUCCUGGACCUCCUGGGCCUCAAGGAGCACCAGGUCAUCCAGGAUUACCUGGAGCUGGCCCAGCAGGGAGCCCAGGUCCUGAAGGGCCACAAGGACCUCCAGGACCACAAGGCCCUGAAGGCCCACCAGGCCCCAAAGGUGAUGCUGGUGUUCCAGGGGCUCCUGGCAUCCCAGGAUAUUCAUAUGGUGGAGGCAUAAGCUCACGUGGACCUCCAGGACCACCUGGACCUCCAGGACCACCAGGACUUCCGGGCGACAGCUCUGGUUCACCAGCUGUUGCUCAGCAGCUCUCUGACUUCCUCCAAAGUGACGGUGUUAAAGAAUACUUCAUUGGUCCUCCUGGACCUCCUGGACCUCCUGGAAGUGUCUCGGAUGAUGACUUGGCUAAGCGUGUUAUCAAUUACAUACAAAGAGAGGAGGUGAGGCUGUACUUAGUCGGUCCCCCAGGUCCACCUGGUCCUCCAGGUAUUCCAGGAGGCUAUGGAUUUAACACUCAGGAAGUAGCUGGAAGAGUCCUCAAUCUCAUGAAUGAGCAGGGUAUACUUAGGCAAGUUGGACCCCCUGGACCACCUGGUCCUCCAGGACUGCCUGGACCAAUUUAUGGAGAUCUUUCUCUUCUUCUACAAAACUCAGAGUAUAGAGGUCUUGUUGGACCAUCAGGUCCCCGAGGCCCCCCUGGUUCUCCGGGUUUCCCAGGGCCUCCUGGACCACCUGGCCCAGUUCCUUACACUGGCACAUAUGGCCUUGAAGACAUUCAGAAAUACCUGGAGAAUGCUGGUUUCAGAGGACCACCUGGACCUCCUGGACCCCAGGGGCCUCCUGGGAUCACGAGGGGGCUUGUGUCAUAUGCCGAGAACACUCAACAGGAGCCUAUUCGUGCUGAACUGCAAGAAUAUCUUAAGAGUUCCAGAGUAGCUGAUUCUAUCUUAGGAACUCUCACUCUCCAAGGUUCCCCAGCUCGUCCUGGUUCUAGUGAAUACAAGGGCAGGCAUGGAGUCCCAGAAUAUAUCCAUGCAUUCUCCCAGAACAGUACAAAGAGCAAAUAUCCACCAACAGACACUUUGAACUAUGGAAGCAUUGCAGCAGAAGUGGUGAACUACAUAAGAUCUCACGGUUUGUUGAUGUGGGAUGCAGAUGAUAAAGACGCUCGCCAUUCCCAAUCCGAAGUUAUUCAGGGUCCACCUGGCCCUCCAGGACCACCAGGACCUCCUGGAGCCAUCCGUUCAUAUAGUUCCUAUGGCAACAUGACUGAGAUCAUGAGCCUUAUUAGAGACCAUGGCAUUGCUGGAGCACCAGGCAGACCUGGGCAGAAGGGUGAGAUGGGAUAUCCUGGUCCCAGAGGACCAAGAGGAAUCAGAGGAGAGCAUGGCACCCCUGGUCUACCAGGACUGCCUGGGAAUGAUGGAUUAAGAGGAGAAAAAGGUGAGGCUGCCUACAUAAGUCACAGAAGAAAGAGAAGAAACAUAGGUGUUUAG